GCAUGUGUGAAUAAGUGCAUGCGUGCACGGUAGUAUCAUAGUCGUCUAGCCUUGCUUGCUCUGUCGCCUGCUCGCUUACCACUCCUCAACUUUCCCACCACCGUACCGCUCUCGUUAGCCAGCCACCAUCACCAGGGCCCCCCCCCCAUUUCAGCUCUCUCCUCCCCCCACAACUCUAGUCCUCAUCACCACAACAGCAACCACAACUACCACUAGAGAGGCCUCAUCUUGUACAUACAGUAGAUUAUCGCCCCUACUCGUCAUCCAUCUUCUGCCGCUCCCUUCUUUGGCCCUCUGUCUUGAUCGCCCCAACCCACAAAUACCCGCACGAGCCUCGUUCAUCAACCGCCCACCCGUCUUUGGCUUCCCUACGCACUCCCGUUAGGGGCCAGUUGUCCAUUCAUCCAUCUUCAUCAUGUUUUCAGAAUAUGCUUCCCGCUUUCUGGCUCAAUCACAGACCCGUGUUAGUGCCAUACGCGAGGGAAGACUAAAUGGGCCCCCAAACCCGGCUCCAUUAUUUCACUCCGCCACAGAUUACCUACCCGACGACCCGGAACACGAACAGGAGGUCCAGGAUUUCUAUGCCCUGAAGAGCAGUCGGCGGCAUUUCGGGGGUUACAAUCUUCCGACCAAUGUCGCCGUAGGGGAAGAGGAUGAGGAUGAAGGAGAGUAUUCCGAGGAUAGCACACAAGAGCUACGGCGUAGUAAAGGGAAGGGGAAGGACAGGCUUUUAGGAGCGGGAUCUGGGGGUAUUCGUAGUUCAUGGAGGGCCUCUAGGUCUGCUGGUUCUUCGUUGGUUGGGUCAACAUCGCAAACAAGUUCGGUGCUGAGUGGUGGAACGGAAAAGGGGAAGGGGAAGGGGAAGGAUAAGAUGGUUGAUAUCGGGUUGGAUGAUAGCCUACGGUUAGGGAUGAUGCCUGAGAAUAUCGAUCCCGAGGAUAUGGUACGAUCGUUGGAAGACUACAGGGCGUUUGAGGGUCAUAGUCUGUUAGCGGACGAGGAUGAUGAUCAGGGUCCGCCGGAUGAUAUUGCCAUAGAAAUGCCUCCGGAUGAUGAUCCUCCGGCCUUCCAGCAAUUUCGGAGGACCCCGCCACAGGUCUCCAAUAAUUUACCCUUUGCAGCGUCAGCUAAGGCGGAUAGUUUUAUGCCAAGGCUAUCGUCACCUCAUCAACGGGGGCCUCAUAUGAGCACGAUACCGCAGCAAGUUGCCCAUCCCCCAUUAGAACCACCCUCACAUGACCACCUAUGGGGUACCCUUUACAUGGUGCUGAUGGCCUGUAUGUUUACUACAUCGUUUGUUGUAUGGCUUCACACAGAGGAAGCAAAGCUACCCCUUGACACGAUUUACCGGACAUUACAUUCGGCCAUACAUCUUCUCACUGUGGAUACCUUUCUUGCCAUCGCUGUGUCAUUAGUCUGGAUGUAUCUUCUCCGAUCAUUCGUAAAACCGCUGAUAUAUUUGAUAUUGGUAUCGGUGCCUGUGGUCCUGGCGGCAUUGAGUUUAUACCCACUCAUUAUGUCGUAUAAGGGGAAAAUGGGCGGUAACGGGCCGCAAGACAAGGCUAUGCGAUGGGGAAGCAUUUUCCCUGCAUCGAUGGCUGGAUUCUGGGUCUACUUUGCUUAUAAGGGGAGGAAUGCACUGGGAAGGGCUAUCGGGAUUAUCCAAUUAGCGUGCAAAAUUCUUGGGGAAAACCCAGCGUUGGUCUUGUUGAGCUUUGGAACCCUUGUGGGCGUUUGUGUUUUCACUUGGAUCUGGGUCGGAAUGUUCACUAGGGUUUUCUGGAUUGGAAAUACGCUAAUGAAUGGAAAACCUAUGUGGACCUUGGAUGCCAAGAGUACUACGCUAGGAGUUUACUACAUCUUGAUGUACCUGUGGACUCUGGGAGUGACUUCUGGGAUUCAGAGGGCGACAUCCGCCGCAACCGUCUCCCAAUGGUACUUCCACAGACACGCAAUCCCAACCACUUCCUCAAAAGCCAUAAUGUCCGCAGCCCUCCACCAUUCGACUACCACCCUCUUUGGAACGAUCUGCUUCUCAACGCUAGUUGCCCUACUAGUCCGCCUACCCUUAAUGGUUGCCCCCCGCCGUAUUGCGGGCAUUCUGCACAUGCUUUGCUUCAACUUCAUCGCCUCCCCCGUUGCAGCCCUAACAACCCCUUUAACCCUAACCUACGGUGCCAUCCACUCCCAGCCACUGAUCCAAUCAUCACGGGCCGUGGCAAACAUGCGCUUCGUGGACACCGCGGGUUACGGCGCUGGUGGCAAACAUCCCCGCACGGCAUAUAAACUCAGCAAGAUGCUCCUGACCGCAACUCGCGGCGUGACGGCACUGAGUUUGGGAACCGGAGCGUGGGUCGCAGCGAGGGAUGGUAAUGGCGGGAGCGGAUAUGGGUAUAUUGUCGGCAUGAUUGCUGGCGCGAUUGGAUGGGGGGUGCUCGGCGCGACGGAGGGGUGUUUGAGUAAUAUUGUGGAUGCGUGCCUGGUAUGCGUUGGGUCGGAGGGACCGAAUGCGGGGCAUUGUAGGGAGGCGCAAGUGGUUUUCGGGGGGUAGUAGUGCGCCUUUCUUUGGAGGGAGGGGGAAGAUGAUGUUAUGGUGAUGUACUAUCAUAGACUACGAAUUACCAUGAUUAACUUCU